AUCACAAAGAACCCAAACACAGAGCAAGAAGCUGAAGCAUAUAACCAUAUCUAACAAAAAUGCCUUCAUCUUCAACAACCUUAAUCUCCAAAUGCACAAUCUACCCAGACCAGAAAUCAACCAUGAAAACCCUUAAGCUCUCUGUUUCUGAUCUUCCAAUGUUGUCUUGUCACUACAUCCAAAAGGGUGUGUUACUCAGUGCCCCACCCUACUCCUUCGACAACCUGAUUCUUUCUCUCAAGCAAUCCCUCUCCGCCGCACUCUCCCACUUCCCCGCCCUCGCCGGCCGCCUCUACACCGACGCCGACGGUUACGUCCACAUCCUCUGCAACGACGCCGGCGCCGAUUUCAUUCACGCCAAAGCCAAACACCUUACCUUAAACGCCGUCGUUUCACCCUCCCUCGUUGAUGUUCACCCUUCCUUCAAGGAGUUCUUCGCCUACGACAUGACUAUUUCCUACUCCGGCCACCACCAACCCCUCGCCGCCAUCCAGGUCACCGAGCUCGCCGACGGCGUCUUCGUCGGCUGCACCGUCAACCACGCCGUCACCGACGGCACCUCCUUGUGGCACUUCUUCAACACCUUCGCCGCCAUAACCAAGGGUGGCGGCGGCGGCGCAGCCAAGAAAAUCCUCAGGUCACCGGACUUCACCCGCGACACAGUCUUCAACUCCGCCGCCGUUCUCUCCGUCCCAGCCGGCGGCCCGACCGUCACCUUCGACGCCGACGAGCCUCUCCGGGAGCGCGUCUUCCACUUCUCGCGCGAGGCCAUUCAGAGACUGAAACAGAAAGCCAACUGUAACGAAUUCCCGGAUUCCGCGGAGGUAAUGGGAAAACAGGUGAAUGACGGUUGGAAAACCGUCAACGGUAACGUCAACGGCAAGAUAACGCCCGUUGUUAACGGUAACAGGAGGAACGAGAUCUCGUCGUUUCAAUCGUUAUCUGCUCAGCUAUGGCGUUCUGUUACACGUGCCAGGAAAUUGAAUUCCACCAAAACGUCGACGUUCCGCAUGGCUGUGAAUUGCCGCCACAGGUUGGAACCAAAGAUGGACUCGUUUUACUUCGGCAAUGCGAUUCAGAGCAUCCCAACCGUUGCUUCGGUUGGUGACAUACUCUCUCGCGAUCUACGCUUCUGCGCCGAAUUGCUUCACCAAAACGUCGUCGCACACGACGACGCUACGGUGCGCCGCGGCGUAGAGGAUUGGGAGAAGGCUCCGAGGCUGUUUCCGCUUGGGAACUUCGACGGCGCAAUGAUCACCAUGGGUAGCUCCCCGCGUUUUCCCAUGUACGACAACGAUUUCGGGUGGGGCCGACCCUUGGCGAUUCGGAGCGGAAAAGCGAACAAGUUUGACGGCAAGAUCUCUGCGUUUCCUGGAAGAGAAGGAAACGGCAGCGUUGAUCUUGAGGUCGUUUUGGCACCUGAAACGAUGGCGGGACUCGAAAACGACAUGGAGUUUAUGCAGUACGUAACGCUGGCCGUGUGAGUGAUUUUACUGAUAGUUAAAAGUGUGCAAAGUGGGUACUCGCGGUGAAAUUAUUAAGUCCGUGAUAAAACGACGGGAAAAUGGAAAUGGAUGGUUGGUCACCACACGACAAAUAAUACAAUGAGUCAGGGCGUCGUUUUGUUUUGGUCAACGUUCCCGUGGUGGGGUCCAGUGUCAAAGCCGUGUUUGGUUGUUGGCCCUACCAUUAUAAUGAUUUUCUCUACCUGAUUUGAGGGGCAGUUUUUCAGUUUCACUUUCCAGGUGACCGGUAACUGGAGGAGAAAGUGAUAAUUAAUAAUAUUGAUAAAGAGAAUGAAAAUUGAAACGAAAAAUAUGUUCAAGCUAAAAUAGUCUUCUGUGAGGAAGUGUCUCUGUCUUGUUUCUUCUUUAUAUAUAUAUAUUAUUUUUCA